AUGGCGCCAUGGAGCAGGAAGGAUUACAAAAAGGCCACAGGAAGCUCUGACGCUGCGGGGGAGGGUGGGGGCCGGAGGGCUCUGCAGAGCCUGGGACCAGAGGAUACACAGCCACAGGGCUCCCUCCGGAGUGGACAAGGCUGGCCAAGGAUGGUGCCGCCCAGGGCCCUGGGGGCCCUGCUUCUCUCGCUCCUCCUGCUCCUGGCCUCAGGUGAGAAAGAUUUCACGAACAAAUCUGAGCAAACAACCCAGAUUGAGGAGCCGAGGAACGUCUGCCUGGGGCUCAUCAAUAAGGACCAUUACGAACCCUUCGAACUGAUGAGCACUGCGGAGUGCUUCAACAACUGCGCGCAGUCGGGGAGCUCCUCCUGUCAUCUGGAAAACUUGCAGAGAUACUGGCUGGACUACGAGACCUACCUGGUGGAGAGGAGGCUGAGUGGGACGGUGGAUUUGCCUUUUCUGAAGGCUUUUGUCAAGAACGUCAGCACCAGCAUCGCAGAAGACCUGCACUUCUCUCUGAACCUCUCUCAGAUUCCGGGGCAGGUGACGGAGGACAAGCACCAGUUCCCCGCCAGAGUCCGGCUGCCCAGGAGCCUGUUCGCCUCCCUGCAGGGCAGCCGGCCGGUGGUGCCCUUGGCCGUAUCUGUGCUGGACAUUGGCCCGGGGAACCUCUUCAAGGGCCCCCAGCUCAGCCUGGAGGACGAGGGCAGCGUGUUGAACAACCGCCUGGUGGGCUUGAGUUUGGGCCGGAUGCGAGUCACGGCGCUGCCGGAGCCUGUGGAGAUCACCUUCUCGCACCCGCGCCAGCCUCCGAACAUGACCCUCACCUGUGUAUUCUGGGAUGUGACUAAAGGGUCAACAGGAGACUGGUCUUCGGAGGGCUGCUCCACGGAGCCCGGAGCGCAGGCGACAGUCUGCCGCUGUGACCACCUGACCUUCUUCGCCCUGCUGCUGAGGCCGACCCUGGACAAGGCCACCGUGCGGACCCUGGUGCGAAUCUCCCAGGUCGGCUGUGGCGCCUCCAUGGUUUUCCUGGCCUUCACCAUUGUCUUCUACGUGACCCUGAGGUUCUCCUGGAAGAGGUUCAAGUCAGAAGAUGCCCCUAAGAUCCACGUGGCCCUGAGCGUCAGCCUGUUUCUCGUGAACCUAGUCUUCUUCAUCGAUGUGGGGCAUGGCCCACAGGGGACCCAUGCUGCCUGCGUGGCCCGGGGGGCCAUCUUCCACUACUUCCUGCUCUGUGUCUUCACCUGGAUGGUGCUGGAAUCCUUCCACCUCUACCUGCUCGUCAUCAGGGUCUUCAACACCUACUUCGGGCACUACUUCCUGAAGCUGAGCCUCGUGGGCUGGGGCCUACCAGUCCUCAUGGUCAUCGGCACCGGGAGUGCCAACAGCUACGGCCUCUACACCAUCCAAGACCAGGACAACAGGACCACACUGGAGCUGUGCUGGUUCCGGGAGAAAACUGCCCUCUACGCCACCGUCCACGGCUACUUCCUCGUCACCUUCCUGUUCAGCGCUGUGGUGCUGGGCCUGCUGGCCUGGAAGAUCUUCACUCUGUCGAGUGCCACGGCCGGCAAGGAGCAGCGGCAGCACUGGAAGGGGGUCCUCACCUUGCUGGGCCUCUCGAGCCUGGUGGGCACUACCUGGGGGCUGGCCAUCCUCACGCCGCUGGGCCUGUCCACCAUCUACAUCUUCGCAGUGUUCAACUCCUUACAAGGUGUCUUCAUCUUCUGCUGGUUCACCGUCCUCUACUUCCCGAGCCAGACCACCGUGUCCUCCUCCUCCGGCACCGCCCGGGCUGAGCAGACCCACACGGCGUCGCAAUGACAGGACUCGGCUCUGACCCGCUGUGUGCACCUGGACAGCUCCCGGCCUCCCUCUGGGCCUCGGUCUCCACGUCUGUACAGUGUGGCUGCGGAGGGAGGGGGAGGGACGGGGCGAACCACAUGAUCUCAGAGGUCCCACCCAGAUCGGCUCUGGUAUCAGAAUCCCCCAAUCCAGGACUGCAGGGGCUCAAGGUUCCCAUAACCCUGAGCCUCCUACCAGCACAGAACAGCACCCUCACCCCUGCCGCUCUGCACACCCCCCCCCCCCCUGCCUUCAUAGAGAAGCAGCCUAUCUGCCAUUGCCCCCCGUCUGGUCGCAGUAAGAGGGGAGUCAGUUGCUGGCACAGCCCCUCCAAGGAGCCCAGCCUCCCCUUCCUCCCUGUUGUCACUGCCUCUCCACCCGCUGGCUCCCCUGCCCGUGGUGAGGGGGCAUUUAGGAGGCGUCAGCCCCUCAGGCACCAGGUAGUUGUGAACUGGAGGUUUGUUUGGGGGGUUGGUCCCCCAGCCCACCGGGUCUCGGCCAGUCCCACCAUGGCCUAUUAUCACAGAAGAACCCCCACCAUUUGGGGGGGCUGCCAGCCCUUCAGGUGCCAGGACACUGACAUUCAGAGAAUGCCACUCAGUGGGUGACACCCCCAGCAAGGCCCCUGUUCCCAUUCUGACUGCCAUGUGGGUGGCUUGACCUCUGACCUGCUGUCACGGUAGGGGUCACGGUGGGGGUCACAGUGGGCUGGAGGUGCAGGGUAGGGGAGGAGGCUGGGCUGAGCAGAGAGAGGAAGCA